GGCAGAAGAAAGGAGCAAGUUUUGCGAGAGGCACGGACGGAGAGCGCUGGCAGUACAAUGACAGUUUUCCUUUCCUUUGCUUUCCUCGCUGCCAUUCUGACUCACAUAGGGUGCAGCAACCAGCGCCGAAGUCCAGAAAACGGUGGCAGAAGAUACAACCGGAUUCAACAUGGGCAAUGUGCCUACACUUUCAUUCUUCCAGAACACGACGGGAACUGUCGUGAGAGUACGACAGACCAGUACAACACAAACGCUCUGCAAAGAGAUGCUCCACACGUGGAACCCGAUUUCUCUUCCCAGAAACUUCAACAUCUGGAGCAUGUGAUGGAAAAUUAUACUCAGUGGCUGCAAAAACUUGAGAAUUACAUUGUGGAAAAUAUGAAAUCGGAGAUGGCCCAGAUACAGCAGAAUGCAGUUCAGAACCACACGGCCACCAUGCUCGAGAUAGGAACCAGCCUCCUGUCUCAGACCGCAGAGCAGACCAGAAAGCUGACAGAUGUUGAGACCCAGGUACUAAAUCAAACUUCUCGACUUGAAAUACAACUGCUGGAGAAUUCAUUAUCAACUUACAAGCUAGAGAAGCAGCUUCUUCAACAGACAAAUGAAAUCCUAAAAAUUCAUGAGAAAAACAGUCUAUUAGAACAUAAAAUCUUAGAAAUGGAGGGAAAACAUAAGGAAGAGUUGGACGCGUUAAAGGAAGAGAAAGAGAACCUUCAAGUCUUGGUUACUCGUCAGACCUACAUAAUCCAAGAGCUGGAAAAACAAUUAAACAGAGCCACUACCAAUAACAGUGUCCUACAGAAGCAGCAGCUGGAGUUGAUGGACACAGUCCACAACCUCGUCAACCUUUGCACUAAAGAAGGUGUUUUACUAAAGGGAGGAAAAAGAGAGGACGAGAAACCAUUUAGAGACUGUGCAGAUGUAUAUCAAGCUGGUUUUAAUAAAAGUGGAAUCUACACUAUUUAUAUUAAUAAUAUGCCAGAACCCAAAAAGGGUUUUGGAAAUCCCUCUGGUGAAUACUGGCUGGGGAAUGAGUUUAUUUUUGCCAUAACCAGUCAGAGGCAGUACACACUAAGAAUCGAGUUAAUGGAUUGGGAAGGAAACAGAGCCUAUUCACAGUACGACAGAUUCCACAUAGGAAAUGAAAAGCAAAACUAUAGGUUAUAUUUAAAGGGUCACACUGGGACAGCAGGAAAACAGAGCAGCCUGAUCUUACAUGGUGCUGAUUUCAGCACUAAAGAUGCCGAUAAUGACAACUGUAUGUGCAAAUGUGCCCUCAUGCUAACAGGAGGCUGGUGGUUUGAUGCUUGUGGCCCCUCCAAUCUAAAUGGAAUGUUCUAUACUGCUGGACAAAACCAUGGAAAGCUGAAUGGGAUAAAGUGGCACUACUUCAAAGGGCCCAGUUACUCCUUACGUUCCACGACUAUGAUGAUCCGACCUUUGGACUUUUGA